ACACGACUCACCCUCCCAACAUCCCAACAACUUCCCACCACCACAACCCCCCAAAAUGGCGUCUGCAAUCCUAUCCUACCUCCCCCAAACAGAAGGCCUCCUCCCAAAAUGGCUUUUCCUCGUCGCAGUAAUCUCCAUUGGCAACUCAGUCCAAUCCUACACAACACUCUACUACACGUCACGCAUCUACAACCCGACGUCCUCGGACCCGCCGCUGAAGACCCCCGCACACGUCACUGCCCUUUCGUCCCGCACGUUUGGGACCUGGACGGUUUUGACGGCCUUGGUGAGACUGUAUGCAGCGUAUAACAUCACGCAUCCGGCCUUUUAUCAAUUGGGUAUGUGGACGUUUGGGGUUGCGUUUGCGCAUUUUGUGAGCGAGUGGCUUGUGUUUGGCACGACGAGGUUAGGGAAGCCGCUUGCGGGGCCGUUGGUGGUGAGUACGACGAGUCUGGCGUGGAUGGCAUUACAGUGGGGGAAUUAUGUCAAGGGGUAGGGUGAGGCUGUUGUUGUUGUAUAAAUCACGUAUGAACAUCUGCAUACAUGAAUUGUGGGUGUUAGAUUCUCUGGACGCAGUUUGAGACGAGCUUCCGUUAAUGUUGGCUUGCACCGGUUCAUUCUCUCGGGAACACAAAUCAACGUAUACACCCCUCUUGAUGAGAACGACGACGUUGAUAUUCAUAACACUGUCAGUUCCAAUGUGCACCAAGACU